AUCUUUUUACAGAGAACAGGCGCGAGAGCAAUGCAGAUAUUCCCAGAAAGUAUGCGGAAACUUUGGAAUGAAUGGGAGCUACGCUUGAUGGUUCUACUAAGCCUUUUCCUACAAAUCGUCCUAAUCAUCUUUAGCAACCGACGAAAGUACACAGUCACGCCUUGGAUCAGAAUCCUGAUUUGGUCGGCCUACUUGUCCGCAGACUGGGUGGCGACAGUAUCCCUCGGUACCCUCUCAAACAGCCAAGGAGAUUCGGAAGGGAAACUUCUGGAUCCAAACUAUACCCUCAUGGCAUUUUGGGCGCCAUUCCUUCUCUUGCACCUUGGUGGUCCGGACACUAUCACGGCUUACUCCUUAGAAGAUAAUGAGUUGUGGUUAAGGCACUUGCUUGGACUAGUUGUCCAAGUUGGAGUGGCUUUCUACGUGUUUCUGAGGUCAUGGGCAGGAACUCCACUCACAUUUCUAUCCAUUCCAAUGUUUGUGGCUGGAAUUAUCAAGUAUGGAGAGAGGACCUGGGUUCUGAGAUCUGCAAGCAAGAAUCACUUUAGAGAUUCUUUGCUUCUAGUUCCUGAUCCUGGACCUGAUUAUGCUCAUUUCAUGGAGAAAUAUAGUUCACGGAAUUACGACACGCAGGCUGAGCGAAUCAGGAAAGAAAAGACUGGUGAAAAUCCACUUCAAUCUACCGUUGGUGAUGACAUUACUGUUCCUAGUAGAAAAUAUAUUGACAAAGCUUACUUCUUAUUCAAGAACCAAUUCAAGCAUCUAUAUGCAGACCUCAUCCUCAGCUUGGAUGACCAAAAAACCAGUGAGGGCAUCAUCAGGUACAUGUCAUCCGAAGACGCCUUCAAAGUGGUGGAGAUGGAGCUCAAUUUUAUGUAUGAUGUGCUAUACACCAAGGCAACAGUGAUUUAUUCUCUACUUGGCAUUCUGCUCCGUUCCACCAGCUUCUCCUUCACUAUUUCUACUUUAGCGGCCUUCCACUUCUUCAUCGAUAAGCACCAGUUCUCAAACAUUGACAUCGACAUUACUUACUUAUUACUCUUUGGAGCUAUUUUUCUUGAGGUUUAUGCCCUCACUAAGCUGAUUUUGUCCGACUGGAGCAUUGUCUGGUUGAGCAGCAAGACGAACUCCCUGGCUGAUUCCAUUUACCGAGCCAUUACCUCUUUUAGAUCAGUUAUAACCAGUGACAAGAGAUGGUCUAGACGAAUGGCACAGAACAAUUUAAUUGAUUCUUGCCUCAGAGACAAAACCAAGUUCAAUCAGGUUCCCAGGUUCCUUGACAUGAACAAUUUCUUAGAGAGGUACUGGUACAUGACUUGGGAGAAGGUGGAUGACAUGAAGGAACCGAUCUUCAGCUUGCUCCUAGAGAUGACAAAUGAUGUCAGGGAUCUCAGGUCACUACUGAAACACAGAGGUGAUUAUGUGAUUACAAAAAGGCGGGUUAUUGAGACACUUGGUUGGAGUAUAGUUGACGUGAAAUUUGAUCACAGCAUCCUUCUUUGGCAUAUUGCAACAGAUCUCUGUAGCUAUUCUGAUGAUGACCCCAAUCCUAAAUCAAGAUGCAAAAUAAGCAAAUGCUUGUCUGAGUAUAUGUUGUAUCUGCUAGUCAUGUGUCCAUUUAUGCUGCCAAAAGGGAUAGGGGAGUUUAGAUUCCGAGACACUUGUUCAGAGACCAAAAGAUUCUUCCAGCAAAGAAGUGAGUCCAUAUCUAACAGAAAUGAAGCUUGCAGAUUGUUGCUUGAAGUUGACACAGAAGUUGAGCCCAAAGAGGUGAAAGGAGAUAAAAGCAAGUCAGUGUUAUUCGAGGCAUGUAGGCUUGCCAAGGAGUUGAGAUCACUGAAUAUGGAGAUGGGAGAGAAAUGGAAGAUGGUGAGUGAGGUGUGGGUGGAGAUGUUGUGCUAUGCUGCCAGUCAUUGUGGAUGGAUUCAACACGGUCAGCAGCUCCGGCGAGGCGGGGAGUUACUCACUCAUGGCUUGUCCGACUUCAAGUGGCCUAGACCCAUUGGAACGGACCCAUCCACAAGGGAUCGUAGUAGGAGAUGUGCCUUCCACAAGGAUCAUGGCCAUACAACAGAGACAUGCCGAGCUUUCCAGUUUCUGGUCGAGAGACUCAUAAAAGCAGGGCAUUUGAAGCAAUACCUCCGAUCAGAUAAUGGAGGAAGGGACGCAUCCCAACAUCACAACCCCGGGACCCCUAGGGCCCCAGCUGCCCCCAAGGCAGUUCGGCCAAUCUUGUGCAAGCAUCAGUUGUUGGCCACAUGGGACACAAUCUCACAGGCCUCGAAAACCCUGGACGAAUCCUAUCCGGAUUCAACGGGUCUUCAACUACAUCCUUAUGAGACAUUGUACUGCCGGUCCAAGUAG